AUGACGAGUCAAAACCAACACUUCCCUUCUUUUGCUACCACCAUCUCUGCGUUAGGUAUUCUUCUGUAUUGCAUUGGGUUUCUAAGAGUUGAAUUAGAGUUGAACAAUCAGAAGAAAAGAUUAAACGUGCUUGAAAACAACCCGGAGACAAAACCACCAUCCGGCGAUUCAAACAUCGUCAAGAUCAUCAAGGAUGCGCGUGGUAUGUACAUUGUAUCUUUCUUGUCUUACGCAGCAUUUAUACACAGCUUAAAAUUUAAUAAAUACUGAAAUGCUUCUUACCAUCCUGAAAAGAACAUUCUACAGGAUUUUACAAUGAUUAAUUGUGCAUACGUAUACCCUGUAUUUUGAUCACAAUUUGCUUGCGAUUGAUUGCUUUUAAUUAAUGAGCGAAAUGUGCAUGAACGUUCGUUUUCUUCUGUUUGUGUGUUGACUGCGUUUCAAGCGUCUUAGAAAUACAUUUUUAAGCGAGGGACUACAGGUUUUCACUCAGACGAGUCGCGGGACAUGAGCGUAGAGAAAAAAGAAGGGAUGACUGCUCGGGGCUUUGAUAGUUAGCUUUCGUGGGUGUCCUGUGUUUCCUGUUGGCAGAUAAACUAGAGGUUACACUGAGGUUAAUUCACCUUCUGAGCGUCAGAUUUCACGUGUAGUUUCACGUGACUUUUGAUGACCUUUGUUAAAUUUCGGACAUUCGUUCUCUGCCACAUACGGUACUAAUUUUUGUACGAACUACACUCGCUAUUUCAAGUUUGCGUUAGUUUAUAAAUGUUAUUUCCCUUUCACUGUUUGAGACUCGAAAAGUUUAAGGUUCAAAAAUGUCUGAGCAGAAGAAUAACAGCGAUUUUAAGGCGAAGAACAUGGCAGAAGUUACGGCAGGAACGAGGAGUGCUUGCAGUGGCGGAAAUUCCCGUCUCAGCAGCUGAAAUGGUUUUAACAUUGGAAAUGAUGAUUUCAAAUUUCAUGAUACAUACAUAAUUCACAUUUCAAAAUUCAUAAUCACACGCGAUCACACGCUAUUAAUUUCCAAUCCAUUUUCGCUACAAAGACCGUUUGGCUCUUUGUUGCUUGACAUUUUCCUUUUCAAUUUGUAUAUUACGGCAAACAGGGACUCGACACUUUUGAGGACGGUUAUAUUCAUAGCAUUUACUUACUGAGGUUGAAUCAAGAUGUCUUUAGCAAAAAAGUGUAGGCUUUUGUGAACAUACACUGGAUUUGUAUUUAAUCGUGUAGAGACAAAAAAGGAGGCAGUGUACUAUACUUCAGCAAAGAUAAGCAUAAGCGUACUUAUAUUUAAGCGUAUAAAAGGCGGUCGAGACGAAAAUGUAAGCAAACUGCCGUUUAAUGAAUUAUAAAUGUGUCUGCAUCAUUAUGUUCAUUUUCUUCAAGUUUAGAUCCACCUUGCAAAACCAUUCUUUCAACUGAAGAGAUUUCUACGCGCUUGUUGAAACUCCAUGUACCGGCGAAUAUUUUUUCUGUUUUACCAUACUCGAGGCGGUUAAAGUCACUCCAGAUCUUCCGCUUUGACAUUUUGAACCUUAAACUAUUCGAUUUUCAAACAGCGAAAGGGAAGGAAAAUAUAUAACAGGGGCGUAGCUAGGGGGCGGGGGUCCUGGGGUGCCCGUGACCCCACUUGGUAGGCCUUCUUUCGAGCAAACAAAAGCCAUUGUUGAAAAGCCCACUUUUUUAAAAUUUGUUUUUUUGUAAAGUAUUUUCGUCAACGGCUCUUGUCUUUUGUUAAUAUGGGCCUUCAUGCCGCGAUAACACGACUGAGACCGCUGAUACACGAGGGAGAGCAGCGGUAUAAACCAUAUAUAGUCGGCGAUCCCCGGAGGGUGUUCCUGCUGUGAACCCCCCUUUGAAAAAUCCUGGCUACCCCCCUGCAUAAGUUAACGCUAACUUGAAGUAGCGACUCCUAGUUCGUACAUGUACAGUAAGUGAGUGAGAACAGAUGUCCAAACUUUGCGGGUUUGUUUACAACAAAGGUCAUCAAAAAUCACGUGAAACUACACGUGAAAUGUGACGCUCAGACGGUGAAUUCGUUUCCCUUUUGGCAACAGGCCGUACGUGACUUAUACCAUGCUUAAACAAAAACUGGUAACACACACCAUGGUCUUAAAAUAUAAUUUUUGCUUCACUUGUUUCCUCAUUAUUUCAGCUUGAGACUGAGCGAACAAUUGAAUGCAUUUUUUUUUAAUUUUCAGCAGAAUUUUACACCGAUGAACAUCAUCGAGCCAGAAGACAAGCGAAUUCAGGUAUAAUAAUACCGAGGGUCUCAAUGGGGUUAACCGAUAGGCGUAAAACGGCCAAAAAUUUAAUCGAUAGCCGUAAAAAUUAAAAAAAUUUAACCGUUAGCCGUAAAUAGCGUAAAAAAGAGUUAACCGUAAAAGAAGGUGUUCCCUAGAUUUGCUACUUUUUAAGGAAGGUACUUAACUCACUUAUGGUUGCGUUUUUUUAUUUUCCGGCUAGUGUGCCUCCGUACGCACGUUAGGCGAAGCACCUUUUAGGUGUUAACCAAGACCUACAAUCCUGGACAAAACUACUUGAGAAAAUGUUUUCAUUAAUGCACACUACCUAACGCAACAAAACUGUUUCCAAAUCAACGGCUUUGCGUAAAGAAUACCCCCUCCCCCAAUUCAAAGUUGCUUCCUAGAAAUGCUUAGGGAUCCGGCUUUCUUUAGAAGACCCAACAACAUUGCUUCCAGGGGGGGGGGAGGGAAGAAUCGGUCGGUUACGAAGUUCAGAAAAAAAUGCCCCAAAUAUGCAAUUUUCUCAACAGUUUUGUCCAAGAUUGUAUAUAAGGUGAUUCGCGUUUUUAGCAAGAAUAUUAAAAUGGACAAAACGAAAACCUACCAAAAAAGCACUUUACAGAAGCUGUUUUGAGUACAAAGUUUCACGGCACACCAUCUUCUCAUAGAAAAGUACCACCUCAUAUACGUUUUUUUGCUGCACCCUCUUAAAACAGUAAGAUUUUGCAGUAUCCGUAGAACGCGUGCUCAUUGUUACAUGUUUUCGUGUUGUUUAAACCUGGCAGGCUUGGAAAGUCUGGAAAGUGAUUUAUAGUUUUCAGAACAGUCGGAACAAGACUUGGAUGACGGUUUUCUUGGAAGAAAAGAAGUUCGUAGUGUUUAUUUAGUGGCGUAUAGUGAAGCCAAUAUGGAAACGUAUCCCGCCACGUGGAAACUGCUUCUCAGAUCUUAAAAUUGGCUAAACUAUGAGGGUUACAGAAACCUCGUUUGCGACAAGUCGGUUAAGUUUUUAUGAUAAUUCCAUGGAUAGAAUAAUAUUACGAUUAACAAAGCAUUGAAACGGUUAACACCAUUUCGUUUUUAAAAGUAAAUGAUCUUCUGAAUUCUUAUGAAACGUCCUUGUUAACCGUUGUUAACCGUUGCUAAUCUUGGUAGCACUUUUAAAGUGCCCUGUUAAUCGUUCCGAAUCUUAGAUAUUGUGGAGAGAAAGAGAUUAGAAGACAACUGUGGCAAUUUUUACUAUCUCUUGCUUUACAAAUGAUGAAUUUAUCUCAUAAUUUCUUCUAGUCAUAUGUAGCUAUAAAUAGCCCUAGGGCAAAACAUGCACUCUUACAGUCACACGAUAGUACAUCUUGUCACGUUACCGCGCGUGACAUUUCUAGAUUUCAUAGUGUGAUUUUUUGCACUGGACAUCGCUACAAUGUCAAAAGGUAAGCUUUCAAAUUGGGAGAGUAAAAAUACAAGUUUUGUUAAUAUUUAAUCCUGUCUCCAUUUGAUGCUGUUAUUAAUGGCAAGCGCUUGUUCAUUGACUUUGAUUGUUUUAUCUAUUUCGGCGAUGGGAAAAUUGUUCAAAGUAUGGGUCACGCGCUCUGAAAAUUCAGCAAAACUCUCAUGUGUUAUUUGUUGGUCGAAUCAUAGCCGGUGAAAUUCCCGUUUUGUGGCUAAUCUCCUUGACGGAGACGUCCUUCUCGUCCGCCAAAAACGUAAUGUAUGCCUGCUCCUCUGCACUCAAAGCGCGCGUAAAAACCCUGCAUGGAAAAUGAAAUUCACAAACGUUCACGAUUGGCUACUUGAAUCAAGAAAGACAGACAAGUUGAUUUUCUUGUCAUCAACUCCUCUGUUGUGACUUAUUUGCCAUUAAUUAUCUACUUCUCUGUGAAGUGUACGAAAUAUAUGAAGAACAGAUUUAUGUGCCCGCGGUAAAUGCUCAAAAUCGACUUUUCCGGUCAAAUACAAUCCUGGACAAAACUACUUGAGAAAAUGUUUUCAUUAAUGCACACUACCUAACGCAACAAAACUGUUUCCAAAUCAACGGCUUUGCGUAAAGAAUACCCCCUCCCCAAUUCAAAGUUGCUUCCUAGAAAUGCUUAGGGAUCCGGCUUUCUUUAGAAGACCCAACAACAUUGCUUCCAGGGGGGGGGGAGGGAAGAAUCGGUCGGUUACGAAGUUCAAAAAAAUGCCCCCAAAUAUGCAAUUUUCUCAACAGUUUUGUCCAAGAUUGUAUAUAAGGUGAUUCGCGUUUUUAGCAAGAAUAUUAAAAUGGACAAAACGAAAACCUACCAAUAAAAAAGCACUUUACAGAAGCUGUUUUGAGUACAAAGUUUCACGGCACACCAUCUUCUCAUAGAAAAGUACCACCUCAUAUACGUUUUUUGCUGCACCCUCUUAAAACAGUAAGAUUUUGCAGUAUCCGUAGAACGCGUGCUCAUUGUUACAUGUUUUCGUGUUGUUUAAACCUGGCAGGCUUGGAAAGUCUGGAAAGUGAUUUAUAGUUUUCAGAACAGUCGGAACAAGACUUGGAUGACGGUUUUCUUGGAAGAAAAGAAGUUCGUAGUGUUUAUUUAGUGGCGUAUAGUGAAGCCAAUAUGGAAACGUAUCCCGCCACGUGGAAACUGCUUCUCAGAUCUUAAAAUUGGCUAAACUAUGAGGGUUACAGAAACCUCGUUUGCGACAAGUCGGUUAAGUUUUUAUGAUAAUUCCAUGGAUAGAAUAAUAUUACGAUUAACAAAGCAUUGAAACGGUUAACACCAUUUCGUUUUUAAAAGUAAAUGAUCUUCUGAAUUCUUAUGAAACGUCCUUGUUAACCGUUGUUAACCGUUGCUAAUCUUGGUAGCACUUUUAAAGUGCCCUGUUAAUCGUUCCGAAUCUUAGAUAUUGUGGAGAGAAAGAGAUUAGAAGACAACUGUGGCAAUUUUUACUAUCUCUUGCUUUACAAAUGAUGAAUUUAUCUCAUAAUUUCUUCUAGUCAUAUGUAGCUAUAAAUAGCCCUAGGGCAAAACAUGCACUCUUACAGUCACACGAUAGUACAUCUUGUCACGUUACCGCGCGUGACAUUUCUAGAUUUCAUAGUGUGAUUUUUUGCACUGGACAUCGCUACAAUGUCAAAAGGUAAGCUUUCAAAUUGGGAGAGUAAAAAUACAAGUUUUGUUAAUAUUUAAUCCUGUCUCCAUUUGAUGCUGUUAUUAAUGGCAAGCGCUUGUUCAUUGACUUUGAUUGUUUUAUCUAUUUCGGCGAUGGGAAAAUUGUUCAAAGUAUGGGUCACGCGCUCUGAAAAUUCAGCAAAACUCUCAUGUGUUAUUUGUUGGUCGAAUCAUAGCCGGUGAAAUUCCCGUUUUGUGGCUAAUCUCCUUGACGGAGACGUCCUUCUCGUCCGCCAAAAACGUAAUGUAUGCCUGCUCCUCUGCACUCAAAGCGCGCGUAAAAACCCUGCAUGGAAAAUGAAAUUCACAAACGUUCACGAUUGGCUACUUGAAUCAAGAAAGACAGACAAGUUGAUUUUCUUGUCAUCAACUCCUCUGUUGUGACUUAUUUGCCAUUAAUUAUCUACUUCUCUGUGAAGUGUACGAAAUAUAUGAAGAACAGAUUUAUGUGCCCGCGGUAAAUGCUCAAAAUCGACUUUUCCGGUCAAAUACAAUCCUGGACAAAACUACUUGAGAAAAUGUUUUCAUUAAUGCACACUACCUAACGCAACAAAACUGUUUCCAAAUCAACGGCUUUGCGUAAAGAAUACCCCCUCCCCCAAUUCAAAGUUGCUUCCUAGAAAUGCUUAGGGAUCCGGCUUUCUUUAGAAGACCCAACAACAUUGCUUCCAGGGGGAGGGGGGGGGAGGGAAGAAUCGGUCGGUUACGAAGUUCAGAAAAAAUGCCCCCAAAUAUGCAAUUUUCUCAACAGUUUUGUCCAAGAUUGUAUAUAAGGUGAUUCGCGUUUUUUAGCAAGAAUAUUAAAAUGGACAAAACGAAAACCUACCAAUAAAAAGCACUUUACAGAAGCUGUUUUGAGUACAAAGUUUCACGGCACACCAUCUUCUCAUAGAAAAGUACCACCUCAUAUACGUUUUUUGCUGCACCCUCUUAAAACAGUAAGAUUUUGCAGUAUCCGUAGAACGCGUGCUCAUUGUUACAUGUUUUCGUGUUGUUUAAACCUGGCAGGCUUGGAAAGUCUGGAAAGUGAUUUAUAGUUUUCAGAACAGUCGGAACAAGACUUGGAUGACGGUUUUCUUGGAAGAAAAGAAGUUCGUAGUGUUUAUUUAGUGGCGUAUAGUGAAGCCAAUAUGGAAACGUAUCCCGCCACGUGGAAACUGCUUCUCAGAUCUUAAAAUUGGCUAAACUAUGAGGGUUACAGAAACCUCGUUUGCGACAAGUCGGUUAAGUUUUUUAUGAUAAUUCCAUGGAUAGAAUAAUAUUACGAUUAACAAAGCAUUGAAACGGUUAACACCAUUUCGUUUUUAAAAGUAAAUGAUCUUCUGAAUUCUUAUGAAACGUCCUUGUUAACCGUUGUUAACCGUUGCUAAUCUUGGUAGCACUUUUAAAGUGCCCUGUUAAUCGUUCCGAAUCUUAGAUAUUGUGGAGAGAAAGAGAUUAGAAGACAACUGUGGCAAUUUUUACUAUCUCUUGCUUUACAAAUGAUGAAUUUAUCUCAUAAUUUCUUCUAGUCAUAUGUAGCUAUAAAUAGCCCUAGGGCAAAACAUGCACUCUUACAGUCACACGAUAGUACAUCUUGUCACGUUACCGCGCGUGACAUUUCUAGAUUUCAUAGUGUGAUUUUUUGCACUGGACAUCGCUACAAUGUCAAAAGGUAAGCUUUCAAAUUGGGAGAGUAAAAAUACAAGUUUUGUUAAUAUUUAAUCCUGUCUCCAUUUGAUGCUGUUAUUAAUGGCAAGCGCUUGUUCAUUGACUUUGAUUGUUUUAUCUAUUUCGGCGAUGGGAAAAUUGUUCAAAGUAUGGGUCACGCGCUCUGAAAAUUCAGCAAAACUCUCAUGUGUUAUUUGUUGGUCGAAUCAUAGCCGGUGAAAUUCCCGUUUUGUGGCUAAUCUCCUUGACGGAGACGUCCUUCUCGUCCGCCAAAAACGUAAUGUAUGCCUGCUCCUCUGCACUCAAAAGCGCGUAAAAACCCUGCAUGGAAAAUGAAAUUCACAAACGUUCACGAUUGGCUACUUGAAUCAAGAAAGACAGACAAGUUGAUUUUCUUGUCAUCAACUCCUCUGUUGUGACUUAUUUGCCAUUAAUUAUCUACUUCUCUGUGAAGUGUACGAAAUAUAUGAAGAACAGAUUUAUGUGCCCGCGGUAAAUGCUCAAAAUCGACUUUUCCGGUCAAAUACAAUCCUGGACAAAACUACUUGAGAAAAUGUUUUCAUUAAUGCACACUACCUAACGCAACAAAACUGUUUCCAAAUCAACGGCUUUGCGUAAAGAAUACCCCUCCCCAAUUCAAAGUUGCUUCCUAGAAAUGCUUAGGGAUCCGGCUUUCUUUAGAAGACCCAACAACAUUGCUUCCAGGGGAGGGGGGGGGGAAGAAUCGGUCGGUUACGAAGUUCAGAAAAAAUGCCCCCAAAUAUGCAAUUUUCUCAACAGUUUUGUCCAAGAUUGUAUAUAAGGUGAUUCGCGUUUUUAGCAAGAAUAUUAAAAUGGACAAAACGAAAACCUACCAAUAAAAAGCACUUUACAGAAGCUGUUUUGAGUACAAAGUUUCACGGCACACCAUCUUCUCAUAGAAAAGUACCACCUCAUAUACGUUUUUUGCUGCACCCUCUUAAAACAGUAAGAUUUUGCAGUAUCCGUAGAACGCGUGCUCAUUGUUACAUGUUUUCGUGUUGUUUAAACCUGGCAGGCUUGGAAAGUCUGGAAAGUGAUUUAUAGUUUUCAGAACAGUCGGAACAAGACUUGGAUGACGGUUUUCUUGGAAGAAAAGAAGUUCGUAGUGUUUAUUUAGUGGCGUAUAGUGAAGCCAAUAUGGAAACGUAUCCCGCCACGUGGAAACUGCUUCUCAGAUCUUAAAAUUGGCUAAACUAUGAGGGUUACAGAAACCUCGUUUGCGACAAGUCGGUUAAGUUUUUAUGAUAAUUCCAUGGAUAGAAUAAUAUUACGAUUAACAAAGCAUUGAAACGGUUAACACCAUUUCGUUUUUAAAAGUAAAUGAUCUUCUGAAUUCUUAUGAAACGUCCUUGUUAACCGUUGUUAACCGUUGCUAAUCUUGGUAGCACUUUUAAAGUGCCCUGUUAAUCGUUCCGAAUCUUAGAUAUUGUGGAGAGAAAGAGAUUAGAAGACAACUGUGGCAAUUUUUACUAUCUCUUGCUUUACAAAUGAUGAAUUUAUCUCAUAAUUUCUUCUAGUCAUAUGUAGCUAUAAAUAGCCCUAGGGCAAAACAUGCACUCUUACAGUCACACGAUAGUACAUCUUGUCACGUUACCGCGCGUGACAUUUCUAGAUUUCAUAGUGUGAUUUUUUGCACUGGACAUCGCUACAAUGUCAAAAGGUAAGCUUUCAAAUUGGGAGAGUAAAAAUACAAGUUUUGUUAAUAUUUAAUCCUGUCUCCAUUUGAUGCUGUUAUUAAUGGCAAGCGCUUGUUCAUUGACUUUGAUUGUUUUAUCUAUUUCGGCGAUGGGAAAAUUGUUCAAAGUAUGGGUCACGCGCUCUGAAAAUUCAGCAAAACUCUCAUGUGUUAUUUGUUGGUCGAAUCAUAGCCGGUGAAAUUCCCGUUUUGUGGCUAAUCUCCUUGACGGAGACGUCCUUCUCGUCCGCCAAAAACGUAAUGUAUGCCUGCUCCUCUGCACUCAAAGCGCGCGUAAAAACCCUGCAUGGAAAAUGAAAUUCACAAACGUUCACGAUUGGCUACUUGAAUCAAGAAAGACAGACAAGUUGAUUUUCUUGUCAUCAACUCCUCUGUUGUGACUUAUUUGCCAUUAAUUAUCUACUUCUCUGUGAAGUGUACGAAAUAUAUGAAGAACAGAUUUAUGUGCCCGCGGUAAAUGCUCAAAAUCGACUUUUCCGGUCAAAUACAAUCCUGGACAAAACUACUUGAGAAAAUGUUUUCAUUAAUGCACACUACCUAACGCAACAAAACUGUUUCCAAAUCAACGGCUUUGCGUAAAGAAUACCCCCUCCCCAAUUCAAAGUUGCUUCCUAGAAAUGCUUAGGGAUCCGGCUUUCUUUAGAAGACCCAACAACAUUGCUUCCAGGGGGGAGGGGAGGGAAGAAUCGGUCGGUUACGAAGUUCAGAAAAAAUGCCCCCAAAUAUGCAAUUUUCUCAACAGUUUUGUCCAAGAUUGUAUAUAAGGUGAUUCGCGUUUUUAGCAAGAAUAUUAAAAUGGACAAAACGAAAACCUACCAAUAAAAAGCACUUUACAGAAGCUGUUUUGAGUACAAAGUUUCACGGCACACCAUCUUCUCAUAGAAAAGUACCACCUCAUAUACGUUUUUGCUGCACCCUCUUAAAACAGUAAGAUUUUGCAGUAUCCGUAGAACGCGUGCUCAUUGUUACAUGUUUUCGUGUUGUUUAAACCUGGCAGGCUUGGAAAGUCUGGAAAGUGAUUUAUAGUUUUCAGAACAGUCGGAACAAGACUUGGAUGACGGUUUUCUUGGAAGAAAAGAAGUUCGUAGUGUUUAUUUAGUGGCGUAUAGUGAAGCCAAUAUGGAAACGUAUCCCGCCACGUGGAAACUGCUUCUCAGAUCUUAAAAUUGGCUAAACUAUGAGGGUUACAGAAACCUCGUUUGCGACAAGUCGGUUAAGUUUUUAUGAUAAUUCCAUGGAUAGAAUAAUAUUACGAUUAACAAAGCAUUGAAACGGUUAACACCAUUUCGUUUUUAAAAGUAAAUGAUCUUCUGAAUUCUUAUGAAACGUCCUUGUUAACCGUUGUUAACCGUUGCUAAUCUUGGUAGCACUUUUAAAGUGCCCUGUUAAUCGUUCCGAAUCUUAGAUAUUGUGGAGAGAAAGAGAUUAGAAGACAACUGUGGCAAUUUUACUAUCUCUUGCUUUACAAAUGAUGAAUUUAUCUCAUAAUUUCUUCUAGUCAUAUGUAGCUAUAAAUAGCCCUAGGGCAAAACAUGCACUCUUACAGUCACACGAUAGUACAUCUUGUCACGUUACCGCGCGUGACAUUUCUAGAUUUCAUAGUGUGAUUUUUUGCACUGGACAUCGCUACAAUGUCAAAAGGUAAGCUUUCAAAUUGGGAGAGUAAAAAUACAAGUUUUGUUAAUAUUUAAUCCUGUCUCCAUUUGAUGCUGUUAUUAAUGGCAAGCGCUUGUUCAUUGACUUUGAUUGUUUUAUCUAUUUCGGCGAUGGGAAAAUUGUUCAAAGUAUGGGUCACGCGCUCUGAAAAUUCAGCAAAACUCUCAUGUGUUAUUUGUUGGUCGAAUCAUAGCCGGUGAAAUUCCCGUUUUGUGGCUAAUCUCCUUGACGGAGACGUCCUUCUCGUCCGCCAAAAACGUAAUGUAUGCCUGCUCCUCUGCACUCAAAGCGCGCGUAAAAACCCUGCAUGGAAAAUGAAAUUCACAAACGUUCACGAUUGGCUACUUGAAUCAAGAAAGACAGACAAGUUGAUUUUCUUGUCAUCAACUCCUCUGUUGUGACUUAUUUGCCAUUAAUUAUCUACUUCUCUGUGAAGUGUACGAAAUAUAUGAAGAACAGAUUUAUGUGCCCGCGGUAAAUGCUCAAAAUCGACUUUUCCGGUCAAAUACAAUCCUGGACAAAACUACUUGAGAAAAUGUUUUCAUUAAUGCACACUACCUAACGCAACAAAACUGUUUCCAAAUCAACGGCUUUGCGUAAAGAAUACCCCCCUCCCCAAUUCAAAGUUGCUUCCUAGAAAUGCUUAGGGAUCCGGCUUUCUUUAGAAGACCCAACAACAUUGCUUCCAGGGGAGGGGGGGGGAAGAAUCGGUCGGUUACGAAGUUCAGAAAAAAUGCCCCCAAAUAUGCAAUUUUCUCAACAGUUUUGUCCAAGAUUGUAUAUAAGGUGAUUCGCGUUUUUAGCAAGAAUAUUAAAAUGGACAAAACGAAAACCUACCAAUAAAAAGCACUUUACAGAAGCUGUUUUGAGUACAAAGUUUCACGGCACACCAUCUUCUCAUAGAAAAGUACCACCUCAUAUACGUUUUUUGCUGCACCCUCUUAAAACAGUAAGAUUUUGCAGUAUCCGUAGAACGCGUGCUCAUUGUUACAUGUUUUCGUGUUGUUUAAACCUGGCAGGCUUGGAAAGUCUGGAAAGUGAUUUAUAGUUUUCAGAACAGUCGGAACAAGACUUGGAUGACGGUUUUCUUGGAAGAAAAGAAGUUCGUAGUGUUUAUUUAGUGGCGUAUAGUGAAGCCAAUAUGGAAACGUAUCCCGCCACGUGGAAACUGCUUCUCAGAUCUUAAAAUUGGCUAAACUAUGAGGGUUACAGAAAACCUCGUUUGCGACAAGUCGGUUAAGUUUUUAUGAUAAUUCCAUGGAUAGAAUAAUAUUACGAUUAACAAAGCAUUGAAACGGUUAACACCAUUUCGUUUUUAAAAGUAAAUGAUCUUCUGAAUUCUUAUGAAACGUCCUUGUUAACCGUUGUUAACCGUUGCUAAUCUUGGUAGCACUUUUAAAGUGCCCUGUUAAUCGUUCCGAAUCUUAGAUAUUGUGGAGAGAAAGAGAUUAGAAGACAACUGUGGCAAUUUUACUAUCUCUUGCUUUACAAAUGAUGAAUUUAUCUCAUAAUUUCUUCUAGUCAUAUGUAGCUAUAAAUAGCCCUAGGGCAAAACAUGCACUCUUACAGUCACACGAUAGUACAUCUUGUCACGUUACCGCGCGUGACAUUUCUAGAUUUCAUAGUGUGAUUUUUUGCACUGGACAUCGCUACAAUGUCAAAAGGUAAGCUUUCAAAUUGGGAGAGUAAAAAUACAAGUUUUGUUAAUAUUUAAUCCUGUCUCCAUUUGAUGCUGUUAUUAAUGGCAAGCGCUUGUUCAUUGACUUUGAUUGUUUUAUCUAUUUCGGCGAUGGGAAAAUUGUUCAAAGUAUGGGUCACGCGCUCUGAAAAUUCAGCAAAACUCUCAUGUGUUAUUUGUUGGUCGAAUCAUAGCCGGUGAAAUUCCCGUUUUGUGGCUAAUCUCCUUGACGGAGACGUCCUUCUCGUCCGCCAAAAACGUAAUGUAUGCCUGCUCCUCUGCACUCAAAGCGCGCGUAAAAACCCUGCAUGGAAAAUGAAAUUCACAAACGUUCACGAUUGGCUACUUGAAUCAAGAAAGACAGACAAGUUGAUUUUCUUGUCAUCAACUCCUCUGUUGUGACUUAUUUGCCAUUAAUUAUCUACUUCUCUGUGAAGUGUACGAAAUAUAUGAAGAACAGAUUUAUGUGCCCGCGGUAAAUGCUCAAAAUCGACUUUUCCGGUCAAAUACAAUCCUGGACAAAACUACUUGAGAAAAUGUUUUCAUUAAUGCACACUACCUAACGCAACAAAACUGUUUCCAAAUCAACGGCUUUGCGUAAAGAAUACCCCCUCCCCCAAUUCAAAGUUGCUUCCUAGAAAUGCUUAGGGAUCCGGCUUUCUUUAGAAGACCCAACAACAUUGCUUCCAGGGGAGGGGGGAGGGAAGAAUCGGUCGGUUACGAAGUUCAGAAAAAAUGCCCCAAAUAUGCAAUUUUCUCAACAGUUUUGUCCAAGAUUGUAUAUAAGGUGAUUCGCGUUUUUUAGCAAGAAUAUUAAAAUGGACAAAACGAAAACCUACCAAUAAAAAGCACUUUACAGAAGCUGUUUUGAGUACAAAGUUUCACGGCACACCAUCUUCUCAUAGAAAAGUACCACCUCAUAUACGUUUUUGCUGCACCCUCUUAAAACAGUAAGAUUUUGCAGUAUCCGUAGAACGCGUGCUCAUUGUUACAUGUUUUCGUGUUGUUUAAACCUGGCAGGCUUGGAAAGUCUGGAAAGUGAUUUAUAGUUUUCAGAACAGUCGGAACAAGACUUGGAUGACGGUUUUCUUGGAAGAAAAGAAGUUCGUAGUGUUUAUUUAGUGGCGUAUAGUGAAGCCAAUAUGGAAACGUAUCCCGCCACGUGGAAACUGCUUCUCAGAUCUUAAAAUUGGCUAAACUAUGAGGGUUACAGAAACCUCGUUUGCGACAAGUCGGUUAAGUUUUUUAUGAUAAUUCCAUGGAUAGAAUAAUAUUACGAUUAACAAAGCAUUGAAACGGUUAACACCAUUUCGUUUUUAAAAGUAAAUGAUCUUCUGAAUUCUUAUGAAACGUCCUUGUUAACCGUUGUUAACCGUUGCUAAUCUUGGUAGCACUUUUAAAGUGCCCUGUUAAUCGUUCCGAAUCUUAGAUAUUGUGGAGAGAAAGAGAUUAGAAGACAACUGUGGCAAUUUUACUAUCUCUUGCUUUACAAAUGAUGAAUUUAUCUCAUAAUUUCUUCUAGUCAUAUGUAGCUAUAAAUAGCCCUAGGGCAAAACAUGCACUCUUACAGUCACACGAUAGUACAUCUUGUCACGUUACCGCGCGUGACAUUUCUAGAUUUCAUAGUGUGAUUUUUUUGCACUGGACAUCGCUACAAUGUCAAAAGGUAAGCUUUCAAAUUGGGAGAGUAAAAAUACAAGUUUUGUUAAUAUUUAAUCCUGUCUCCAUUUGAUGCUGUUAUUAAUGGCAAGCGCUUGUUCAUUGACUUUGAUUGUUUUAUCUAUUUCGGCGAUGGGAAAAUUGUUCAAAGUAUGGGUCACGCGCUCUGAAAAUUCAGCAAAACUCUCAUGUGUUAUUUGUUGGUCGAAUCAUAGCCGGUGAAAUUCCCGUUUUGUGGCUAAUCUCCUUGACGGAGACGUCCUUCUCGUCCGCCAAAAACGUAAUGUAUGCCUGCUCCUCUGCACUCAAAGCGCGCGUAAAAACCCUGCAUGGAAAAUGAAAUUCACAAACGUUCACGAUUGGCUACUUGAAUCAAGAAAGACAGACAAGUUGAUUUUCUUGUCAUCAACUCCUCUGUUGUGACUUAUUUGCCAUUAAUUAUCUACUUCUCUGUGAAGUGUACGAAAUAUAUGAAGAACAGAUUUAUGUGCCCGCGGUAAAUGCUCAAAAUCGACUUUUCCGGUCAAAUACAAUCCUGGACAAAACUACUUGAGAAAAUGUUUUCAUUAAUGCACACUACCUAACGCAACAAAACUGUUUCCAAAUCAACGGCUUUGCGUAAAGAAUACCCCCUCCCCCAAUUCAAAGUUGCUUCCUAGAAAUGCUUAGGGAUCCGGUUUUCUUUAGAAGACCCAACAACAUUGCUUCCAGGGGGAGGGGGGGGGGGAGGGAAGAAUCGGUCGGUUACGAAGUUCAGAAAAAAUGCCCCCAAAUAUGCAAUUUUCUCAACAGUUUUGUCCAAGAUUGUUGGCUCCAUUUCCGGCGCUUUCUUGGGGAACUAAUUUUUUCCAUAGCGAAAGUGUGGCUUCUUGCUGGGGAUUAAUAUUUGCAAUUUUCAGGCAUUUCACUAGCCCUCAAAACACUAGUGAAACAACACGCAGAGAUGUCACUGUUUGUAUAUCACGUUGCCGAUAAACAACAUUUCCCUGUUUUUCUCGGACGCUACGGCAGGCAUCGCCAUGCCUAGUCCCUGUUCGGCGUCUUCCCACGCAAUCUCGGUCAAGGCAUUUCAGUGGCGAACUCGCUCGGACCACAUGACCCGAAAGGCAUCAGCCGCGCGGAAUAAUGCGGCCUACGGACAAGGCAACGGCAAGACAGUCGUUCCGUACAGUCCUUCGCUAUCAUUAAAAACACUGGACACGGGAAUUUUGUUAUUGACCGUUUUCACACUAGAUCUAGAAAUGGAUCAUCCGUCUGAGACUAGCCUGUGUACAGUCGCGCCCUCCCCACAGACACCCUUUCUCAGAUUUUUUUUCUGAGGGGAGGGGGCGGCUGUACACAGGCUACCUGGAACGGAUAACCCUGUCUUCAAAAGUCAGGCGGAUUGUUUGUUCAAAAUUAAAACUAUUCCAUUUCCAAAUUAAGACGUAUCACCUAUCUGACGCGAAUCAUCAAACGGAUAACCCGUCUCACACGAAUAAUCCUUCUCUAGUGUGAAAACGGCCAUUUCUGUUAUAAUGAAUGUCGCGCCCCGGCCUUGAGUUGGGCGUUCGCGUGUCUGCUUUUGCUUUUUCACAAAGAUUAUUUUUAAAUUGACUAUUGACAUUUCUAUGUGUAAAAUAAUAUUAGAAGUGCAAUACUUUAUAAAAAGUAUGAUCUAUCAAAUGUUAAAAUUUUUCAAAAGAAUAGCUUAUUUCAUCCCGAGAUGAUCCGAAGACCUUUAUUUUGAUUUAAAGAUACAAAAAAAUACAGGUUAAUUAAUAUUUAACUUUUUGAAACAAAAGAAGUUAAUUUUUAACUUUUUCGUUAACCGUAACUGAAAAAAAUUAACCGAUAGCCGUAAAAGAGCCAAAAUUUUAGCCGAUAACCGUAAAAGCCACCACCCCAUUGAGACCCUCUAAUACCAGGAAAGCUAAAACAACAACCACCAUUAUUAAAGAAAUUCACAAACUUUUAUCAGAGUGGAGACCGAGACUAGGUUUUGAUGAUUUUUCUCGCAACUAAAAGUAGCAUAAUUUGCUACUAGAUGAUGCUAUAAAAUAAUUAUGCCUAGUUUUUGUAAAUCAUGCUCGUUUUAGCAAAAAAUGCAGAAAUUUUGCUUCCACUUGUUAAUAAACCUCAAUGACUUAGCAACAAACAAGUAAAUGGCAAACAUUCGUACCCUAAUUACAACUAGAAACUUAACUAGUGCAGGAUAAGUCAUUAUAAAAAGUAUUUGCAGCGCCAGAUGAAUGUAAAGGUAAACCAUUGAAACAACAAAAACUCUCUGACAACUAUAAAGACUCAAACAAUUGACAUCCAGCGCGCGGACGCCAUCUUGGGUAACCUAGCUAGUUAUGCAGGGUCACAUCCUGUGGGAUGCAGUUCCCAUGAAUGUGACAAAAGCGGUCAAAAUUUGCCUGUAACACACUGAUCGUCGGCCAAACUGAAACGUUUGUUGCGUGAUGAAUAAAUGACAAUUUCGUGCUGCAAAAUUUGCCAAAAUUACAAAUUAUAUUAGCAGUGCUUUAUUUUAAGGACAACAGAUAAAAAUUAUGCUCGUAAUGUCGAAUUAAUUAUGCCAAAAAUUUUGCAAACACAAUCAGUAUCAAGGCCUGCAACCGCAAUUUGCAAAUCAACAUAUGACAUGUCUUUCAGGUCCUCCGGGUCCCCCCGGUCCACCGGGGCCGAGAGGAGAGAAGGGAGAUCGGGGACGAAAAGGAAAGAAGGGAACACGAGGGACCAAAGGAGAUAAAGGUAUUAUGGGAUCACCAGGAAAACGCGGGAAGCAAGGAAUCAUGGGACCUGCAGGACCCAAAGGUGACCUUGGACUCAAAGGGCAAAAAGGAGACACAGGGCCCGCUGGCAUGCCGGGAACGAAAGGAGAGCCUGGUGAAUCGAUUUCUGCUCCAGUUGUUGCUGUUUCCCCAACAAACUUGACAGUAAACGAAAGUGGAACAGCUUCAUUUCAGUGUUCAGUUAGCGGUAAUCCUGAGCCUGCAGUAGUGUGGAGUAAAAGGGGUAACCUGUCUGAAGUAAGCAAGUCAGCGGUUUCAAAAGGCAGGUUGCUUUUAAAGAAUGUAAAAGCAAAUGACUCGGGUGAAUAUCAAUGCUCAGCAACAAACAUCUUAGGACAUGCGCAAACACUGGUGCAGCUUGUUGUAAAUGGUGAGUUUAUAUAAAAUAUCAUUUGGUAAAGUUUCACUCCAAAAGAUGGCGAGUACACUUAUCACGUCAUUCACUUGGACUUGACAGUUUGCUUCUACCUUUCUCUUAAGUCUAGAUUAAUUCCUUUUUUUUGUUUCUUUUGCUGUUUGUUUUUUUGUUUCGGCUCCAAACUUCCUCAGAUCAUGGGGCAAACAGUAAUAACAAACACUUUGCCAAAGGAAACAGAACGGCAGCAAUUAUCGCAUGCAAAGACUUUAAAAAUUAGUGACCACUCGAAAAGACGAAAUUCGAAGUAUCUUAGCAAGAGUACGUUCUAACUUAUGACCUUCAUCUCUCCGUGUUACUAGUGCAGAUGCUCUACCACUGAGCUACCAAAAACUCAGAAAAUUUGUAGGCGUUGCUUAUACUUCUAAAUUCGACCUACAGAAUUAGUUUUUUGAAAAUAUGUUCAAACGUCAUCACACUAAUCCCAACUACUUAUUUAAGUUCAUAUUUUCAUUUAAACGUUCUAUUUGACAGCAGUUAAUUUCUUUGCAUUUUUUCAGUUCAUCCUCGAGUUUCUCUCCACCCGGGGCCUCAUUACGCUAUUGAAGGCAGCAACUUCACUCUUCCCCCAUGUCACGUGACUGGUUACCCAGCACCAGUGGUCAACUGGAGAAAAGCAUCGGGUCAGUUACCCCAUGAGAGGGUGAAGUACAACAACAGUAGCAUUCAACUUUUAAAUGCUCAAAAAAUAGAUUCUGACUUGUAUCUCUGUUCAGCAACAAACCUGCUUGGAAGUUUUGAAAGAAAAACAUUUAUAGUGAUUGUUUCACAUCCUCGAUUUACUGUUAAGCCACCUGUGAGCAUUUUUGCGUGGCUUGGAGACACCUUGACACUUAAUUGUAGCGCAACUGGUGACCCACAACCGGUUAUUAGCUGGAGGAAACAAGGAGGUCAUCUGCCAGUUGGAAGGAACCAGCAGAUUAAUGGUGCGUUAGUGAUAAGAGACAUUACAAAGAGCGAUACAGGCUAUUACAUAUGUACCGCAACCAGCGCAGGGGUGUUUGAUGUGGAAACUCUGACUCACAUUCAAGUUUAUCCACCAAGAGGUCAGUUAUAGAUAAAGCUUAAAGAGCGUAAAUUAUAAAAGUGUAACGGCCAAUGCUAUUGUGUUAAAAUAAGCUUAAGAGAGACUGAACUGCGACUGUGACCGAGGUUCUGAGGGACGUUUGUACUCACUUAAUUUAGUCCUCACCCUCUUGUAUUUUGAAAAGACAUUACAAAGACAAAAAAACGGUGUAGGUGAAAACAUAUGUACCGCAACUAGCGCAGGAGUGUUUGAAGAAGAAACUAUGACUCUCAUUUAUUCAUUAAGAGCUCGUGCAGUUAUAAAUAGAGAUUAUAUAAGCGCCUCAACUGAUAUAUGCAACUGCUAAUGUUAAGUUGCUGCUAUCAUGUUUAAGGUACCGGGGUUUUCAAGGGACGACGCUUGUACCCCUCAAUCAGCGGCUAGCCUUUCAGCCCUUAAUCACACGGUUAAUUGAUUAUAUUUUAAGGGCUGAUGUGAUCUUCAAAAUAUCUAUUAAACCACAUUAUUUCGAUCUUAACUAUCAAGAUAGAGGGAGAGAAUCCUAUGGUCCUACUUGAAAUUUACUUGAUAGACGUUUUUCAUUCUGUUAUAGGUCAAGACUGUUUAUCGCUGCUAAAGUAAAGCCCUUGCUGUUGUUUAUUCCCUACAGAUUGCUCUUAUUUGUUAAAAUCAGGCCAUACUCAGAGUGGAGUGUACUCUGUGAACCCAGACGGUAAAGGAUCCUUCAAUGUAUAUUGUGACAUGCGUACUGACGGCGGAGGAUGGACCGUGUUUCAGAGAAGACAAGAUGGCUCGGUGGACUUCCAUCGCGGAUGGAACGAUUACAAAUCAGGUUUUGGUCUGCUGACGGCUGAGUUCUGGUUAGGAAACGACAAGAUCCACAGGCUGACGGUCGCUAGACCCAGCUCUCUACGAGUGGAGCUAGAGGACUGGAACGGAGUAAGAGUGUUUGCCAAAUAUGGGAAGUUCAAGAUUGGUGAUGAGCAGGUGAAGUAUCGACUUGAAGUGCGUUCAUAUUCAGGGACAGCAGGAGAUUCGUUAGCAUAUCAUAAUAACAUGGCGUUUAGCACAAAAGACAGAGAUAAUGACAGAUCGACUGGCAACUGUGCUGUGUCAGCCACUGGUGCUUGGUGGUACAGGAGAUGCCACUACUCCAAUCUAAACGGAAAAUACCUGCGAAACGUAAAGGGAAAUUCUAAAGGAGUCGAUUGGUGGUACUUUAAACAACACUAUUUAUCGCUAAAAUUCACUGAGAUGAAGUUAAGGCCGUCAUUGUAA